CAGGUUUAGGGUUUAUUCAAGUGCUCUUUUUUUAAACUUACAAUAACAUCAUGAAGAUGAUCAUUAUCUUUUACAUCACCUUUGCAUGCAAUUUUCUAGGAAAUGUUAUUUCACAUGCCAACCCUCUCUCGUAUGAAGCUAUUUUCAAUUUUGGUGACUCUAUAAGUGACACCGGAAAUGCUGCUACUUAUUACCACCCAUCUAUGGAUGAAAAUAGCCCUUAUGGCUUAACAUACUUCAAACAUCCUUCUGGACGUGUGUCAAAUGGACGAUUGAUCAUAGAUUUUUUAGCUGAGGCAUAUGGCUUACCAAUGUUGCCAGCCUAUCUCAAUCUCACCCAAGGCCAAGAGAUUAAGCAUGGAGUAAAUUUUGCAUUUGCCGGUGCAACUGCACUCAAUAUGGACUAUUUCAUACAAAAAAGACUCAAUGCACCGUCGACAAAUAUUUCGUUGACUGUUCAACUUGAUUGGUUUAAGAAGCUAAAACCUUCCUUAUGCAAAAAUAAACAAGAGUGCGAUAACUACUUCAAAAAUUCAUUGUUUCUCGUGGGAGAAAUUGGUGGAAAUGAUAUUAAUGCACUUAUAUUAUCAUACAAAAAUAUUGCAGAACUUCGAGAAAUAGUUCCACUAAUUGUUGAAACAAUAAUCAAUGUCACCACUGAAUUAAUAAAAGAAGGAGCAGUAGAGAUAGCGGUGCCAGGGAACUUCCCAAUUGGGUGUAAUUCUGCUAUCUUAACAAUAAUGAAAAGUGAUAACAAAGAUGAUUAUGAUCAAUUUGGGUGCUUAGCAGCUUAUAAUAUUUUCAUUAAAUACUACAAUUGGCGGCUCAAUCAAGCCAUAGAGACACUUAGACAAAAAAAUAGUCAUGUUAAAAUAAUAUAUUUUGAUUAUUACAGUGAUACCAAACGUUUAUUUGAAGCACCACAACAAUAUGGCUUUUAUUUUGGUAAGAAUGACACUUUUAAAGCAUGUUGUGGAAAAGGUGGUCCUUAUAAUGUUGAUAUACAUAUAUUUUGCGGAAGUUCUAAAGCAACGGUUUGCUCAGACCCUUCAAAACAUAUAAAUUGGGAUGGAGCCCACUUAACUGAAGCAGCUUAUAGGCUAAUAGCAAUGGGAAUAGUUGAGGGUCCUUUUGCAAGUCCUUCUCUUAAAUCUCCUGUGUUCAAGAUAGCUUAAAAUUAACAAAGGCAUUAAAGGAAGCUUGACUUAUUUUCAUAAAUUCAAAAUUAGGAUUAAAAUUAUGUUUCUUUUACAAUUUUUCCAAAA